AACACUCACGAAAAAAAAAAACAUGUGUCGUUAUACAUUUCUGCUAAUAUUUUUGUAUUCUUCCCUAAUGGAGCAUCAAUCGAUUGAAUUAUAUGAUCGAUUGUACCACUUAAUCGACUACGUCAAAAAUCAUACGGAAUCACAAAAACCGGACCUUAUGCUGGGCAUUUAUCUGUGUGAAGCGCAACUGAAGGCAAUGCAUUUCAACGGAACUGGCCCACACGACAAGCUGGAGCAAGUGUUGGAUAAUGUGAAACACGUACGUGAGCAAUAUGAGAAUAAAGUGGCCGAGCGAGAGCAUUCAAUAUGGGAAUUGAAUGUGCACAAUUCAAUUGUUGUUCAACACUUAUUGAAUUUGAGUUUGUGGGUCACAUCACUUGAAUCAAACAAUGAUGGUCUGUUUUUUGGAAAUCUAACAACCAACUAUCCGCUGUCACUAACGCUCGACAAUUUCGCCGAUCACAUUGAUGAUGGUGCACCGUCGCCAAGCGAAUCAGAUGAGUGUUUAGCCGAACUAUUGAAUUCCAUACAAUGCACGAUAAGUGAUCGGUGUCUACAAAUUAUGUCACUCAACAACGAAUCACACGGAUACCAUUUAACACACAAAUUACUCUAUUUCAUGGUGAUGAAGUACCAUGAUUGUGGCUCUUGUUUACCUGUCACCGGGAUGUCACUUGAUUUCAUGAUUUAUACAUUAUGCUCUAUGGUGUGGCACGAACGGAAUCUCAUCAUUGAAAUGGAUAUUCCGAACCAAUUGAAAGAUUUACUCAUCGAACAAACUCUACUCUGUGGCAUAAGUGGGUAUGCUGCAUUCAUUGACGAAACGACUGUUCGAGAUAUAGUUCAAUGGCAGGUCCCCGAGUCCGGUUGCUAUGAAUACUUUGAUGGUGCUCUACCGAAUGACAACGAUGAUAUGGACACAAAAAAGCAAAAACGCUCUGCUGCCCUUUUAGAAGACAAUUGUUCCGAUCAUAUGACUGGCUUGGCUGCGGCUACAUUUGGACUCUUUGCUAAAAUUUCCAGCUUCUUUCAUGAUGAAACUGUUUAA